GGGACAGAGAAGGGAGAGAGGAAAUUCUUUGUUGAGAGAGAGAAGAGAAAAAGACAAAACUAGGGCUUCCUCGAUACUAAUUGCUUGCUUUCUACCUUCGUCACCGGCUUGUAGCUGUCCGGCCCCUGGAUAUUUCUUCCCCUUUGGUUGUUUCUUCUUGUACCUCAAAUUCCUCAAACCAUGGACAUUCAUCUUUAUUUAUUAACCCUAAUAAUUUUAUAACCUUAAAAAAAACUCCCUCUCCUCUUCCUCCUACUAUAUGUAUCGUGUCUUCUGGCGAUUUACUCAUAAAUUUCUAAAUUGGUUUCUGUAAUCAAGAAACUUCAAAGAAACCAAUCAUGGCCGCCGACUCUUUCCCUUCAACUCUCUUCUUUGGCAUCAAGGAUGAUGAUCAUCAUCACAAACAACAACAACAACAACAAUCUUCCAUUUCCAUCACUAAUUCUUCUUCAACAACUCCAACUCCAACUCCAAUAAAGAAAAGAAGAAACCUACCCGGAGCUCCAAAUCCAGACGCAGAAGUGAUCGCGCUAUCGCCGAAAACACUCAUGGCUACAAACAGAUUCAUUUGCGAGGUUUGUAACAAAGGGUUUCAAAGGGAGCAAAAUUUGCAGCUUCAUAGAAGAGGACAUAAUCUUCCAUGGAAGUUAAAACAGAAGAAUCCUAAAGAAGUGAAGAGAAAGGUGUAUCUUUGUCCCGAGCCGUCUUGUGUUCAUCAUGACCCGUCUCGAGCUUUAGGAGACUUGACUGGAAUCAAGAAACAUUUUUUUAGGAAACAUGGUGAGAAGAAGUAUAAGUGCGAGAAGUGUUCGAAAAAAUACGCGGUUCAAUCGGAUUGGAAAGCACAUUCGAAGACUUGCGGAACUAGGGAAUACAGAUGUGAUUGUGGCACUCUUUUCUCAAGGCGCGAUAGUUUCAUUACACACCGAGCAUUCUGCGACGCUCUAUCUCAAGAGAACACUAGGCACCCUUCGAGCUUAAGCACGAUCGGAAGUCAUCUAUUUGGAAAUGGCACAAACAGCGCAAGCCUCAAUCUUUCUCAUCAAGUAAUCAACAACGUUCAUUCCAUGCCCAUGAUCCAUGAUCAAAACCACCCGUUAACUCUCGGUGGGUCAAAAUACGAUCACCUCCUCCCUUCCUCGAAUCCAUCAAUGCCUUCCUCCGCAUUGUUUCAAUCAUCACAUCACUUGAACCAAGAUCUCGAAACUCAACCUCCAUCUCCUUUCACCCCGAGCUCAGCCUUCCACAGUCUAAUGCACCUCACACCCGAUCAUCACCUUCAAUCCAACAAUAACACACACUCAAAUCUCCUCAACCUCGGUUUCAACAUUCCAUCCAACAUGUCAUCUCUAGGAGGAUUCUCCAUCCACGAGCAGUUAUUCAACAACAACAACAACAAUUUGAUGAGUGAAUCGAUGUUUUCCAACAACGAUGGGCUGUCUCGUCUUUUUGGGAACACGAUGGCACCUCCACACAUGUCGGCCACCGCUUUGCUGCAAAAGGCUGCUCAGAUUGGAUCGACGACAAGUGGACCCGGUGCUUCAAUAUUGAAGGGUUUGGCGAGUAAUGAGAACCAGCUGGAGGGGUUGAUGAAUUCUCUUGGAAGUGGGAAGAAUAUGGGAAGUAACAAUAAUAACAACAAUAAUAAUGGUGAUAGUAAAUUGAUGGGGCAAGGUUUCAAGUUAAGUGUUGGAGGGAGUGAUAGAAUGACCCUUGAUUUCUUGGGAGUUGGAGGAGGAAGAAACAUUAAUGGUAAUAUUGGUGUUGGAUUGGAGAUGGGAAGCUUUGGGGCCAAAGGUAAUACAACAUCUUCAGGAAAUGCAAACCAUAUGUUUGGUGCUCAAGAAUUAUUGUGAACAAAAUACAUAUGAGAGGGUAUGCAUAUGGUUAAAGCUUCAAACAAAGUUACUAAAUUAUGCAUUUUUGUUAUUUCAUUGUCUUUCUUGUUUUUUUUGGCUGAACUUGUUUACUUGUUUAAGGUUACAAUAUCUUCACUUGCUUCAUGUGAUAUCAUAUAUAUGUAUUUGAGUCAUUUAAAUAUCAACAUCUGCCUCUGUUUUAAAAGAAUGUCCCAUCAACAAUAAAAGAAGGGGAGAUGAUUAUGGUAUUUAUAAUUCAUUUACUUUUUUGUUU